AUGUGUGCAGUCCCAGCUUCUGAGGUCCUGGCCUCCCCUGCUCCUCCCUGCGCCCUCCCCUCCCCACCCCUCACCGACUACAGCCAGCCAGGGAAGGUGCUGGGGUGGGGCGGCAGUCACCCUGCCUGUUUGGUGCCAGCAUCCCGGGAUAAGCUGGGGAGAGCUCGGGCCUUGGCCAGGUGCCCCAGACUGCGGCUCCAGGAAAGGACCAGGGCUCCUGGCGAGGUGCCCAGUUCUGACCCACAGGACAAGGGGCCUGUGGCCACACUGAACUCUGUAACAAGGGCUGAGACAGACAUCAGUGUCAACAGGAACCAGGAGUUACGGAAUUUAGUAGAAGGUGCCAGUUUCACCAGUGAGGAAACUGAGGCCCAGAAUAGAGAAGUGGUUCAUCUAAGGCUGCCCAGCUCAGCUGUGUCAGAGUUCCUGCCUAGGCUACUCACCCCUGGUCUGCGAAAAAAGAGCCAACACCCCGAGGAUGAGGAGGACAAAGCCAAAGCGGGGUGCUGCCAUGAAGGUCUGGGCCUCGGCCACAGCAACUUUGACAUGACCCCCGAGGCUUGUCCGGGCGGGGCGCCUGCGCGCGCCCACCCUGGGCGGGGGCAGAAGCCGACGGCGCCCGCCCUGGAGCCCAGCACAGAUGGCUGGGAGGACAGCGGCGCGGGGACAGGCCUUAACUGCCGCGGGCGGGCCCCACCGGCGCCCUCCCCUCCCCCAGCCCAGCCGCAGCCCCUGACGGGCCCAGCCGCACGUUCCCCGCGAUUGCCUCAUCCGACCGCCGCGGCUCGCGCCCUCCCGCACGCGCAGCACACAGCGCGCCCUCGCACCGGGAGGGCGGGGCCGCCGGGGCUGCCCCCGGCCUUGUCCCUCCCCCUCCCCGGCCCAGACCACGGCCGGACUGAGCCCCCAGCGGCCCGUCACCCGGCUGCCCUGCCGGAGCCUCGACCCAGACACCUUUGA